AUGCCGGAUAUUUCAAAGUAUGAUGGGACAACAGACCCACAGGAGCACAUGACCUCAUACAUUUGUGCCAUGAAAGUCAACGAUGUCGAAGAGGAUGAAAUAGAGUCGGUAUUGCUGAAAAAGUUUGGUGAAACAUUGUCCAAAGGGGCAUUGACUUGGUACGACCAUCUGCCCGAGCAUUCCAUCACUUCUUUCGAGAUGCUCGCAGAUGCGUUUAUCAAAGCCUAUGCCGGAGGCAAGAAGGUACAGGCCAGAAAGGCGGAUAUUUUUAGAAUCACCCAAAGAGAUAAUGAGCUGCUACGUGAAUUCGUGAAUCGGUUCCAAAGGGAACGGAUGGAACUUUCCCCGAUCCCGGAAGAAUGGGCGGCACAAGCUUUCACCAAGGGGCUCAAUCUCCGAAGCUCAACUGCCUCAUUCAAAUUAAAGGAGAACUUGUUGGAAUAUGAGGCAGUAACUUGGGCAGAUGUCCAUAACAGGUACGAGUCGAAGAUUCGCAUAGAGGAUGACCAACUUGAACUCUCCCCGGGUCCAGUAAAUGGAAGCAAGAACUCUGAAAGGUCGAGGAGAAAUUAUGAACCGGAGACAAGGCCAUCGAGGGAAAGGUAUCGACCAUAUUCUCAACCGGAGAAAUCCAACUUUAGGUCGGAUAAAGGAAGAAGUGGCCCCAGCCAUUUCUCGAGUAAAGGCGAUAAGCGAGCUGAUCGUGGGUCAAACAGCCGAGGGUUGUUAUUUAGAAGCGAUGCCGGUAGUUCAGCCAGCAUUGGAGACAUACCGAGGUUAUCAGAGUACAACUUCAACAUCAAUACAUCAGACCUUGUCUCGGCUAUCGGUCGUAUCACGGAAGCCAGGUGGCCAAGACCAUUGAGAUCCGAUCCGGCUCAAAAGGAUCCGAGCGUGAUGUGUGAAUAUCAUGAGACUCAUGGUCAUAGAAUCGAGGACUGUCGCCAAUUAAGGGAAGAGGUGGCUCGGUUGUUGAAAAAUGGUCACCUUCGAGAAUUCCUGAGUGAGCGAGCCAAAAGCCACUAUAAAGGAAGGGAAAAUCACAAAAAGGCCGAGCCCGUGGAACCACAGCAUGUGAUCAAUAUGAUAAUCGGAGGAACAGAUACCUCUCAAGGGCCGAUGAUGAAAAGAACAAAGGUUUUGAUUACACGAGAGUCGAUUACACCAGAAAAACAGGCCAGGGAUUACAUGCCCGAAGGGACUAUUUCCUUCAAUGAUGAGGAUGCAGAAGGCAUCAUGCAACCGCACAACGAUGCGUUGGUAAUCUCUAUUCUUAUCUUUAAAUCUCAAGUUAAACGUAUUUUGAUUGACCCAGGUAGUUCAGCCAACAUUAUCAGAUGGAGAGUGGUAGAACAACUGAAGUUGCUGGAUCAAAUCAUCCCGGUAGCUCGUGUGCUCAGCGGAUUCAAUAUGGCAAGCGAAACUACAAAGGGAGAAAUUUCUUUGCCGGUCAACAUCAACGGGACCAUUCAGCAGACCGUGUUUUAUGUCAUCGAGGGGGAGAUGAAGUAUAAUGCUUUACUCGGCAGACCAUGGAUUCAUAGCAUGAGGGAGGUGCCGUCGAUAUUACAUCAGAUAUUGAAGUUCCCAACUCCGGAGAGGAUAAAAACUGUCUGUGGUGAACAACCCGCAGAAAGGGACAUGUUAGCGGUCGAGCAAGCCCCCCCCCCCUCCCCGUUCUGA